CUUCAUUACUCAUUUUAUAUCUAUUCAUCACUCCUCUUAUGUGUACAUACUACAGUAGGUUAGUAUGAACCAGGGAUACUUGGGGAACAUACAUCUAAAAUCUACCAAUAGCAGACUAGUCAUCGCUCCUCCGGCGAUCCCCGAAUUCCUCUUCGCCAACUCUCUAUUACUCAUAACUAUCACGUUCAUUUUACCCCGCGGGCUCUCCCGUCAAGAGCCGACGUCUCGGAACCCUGGCGACCAAAAGAACGACGCAGCGGCUGAGUCUGAUUUCCAGGCACCUGGAUCAGCGUCUACCGUUGCCCGAGCUUAACACUCCCUUCUCGACCGAGAGAAACUCCCACUCCCCCGACGAUAUCGAAUAUAAGCCCCUCGAUCGCACCGACUCCUCCCCCACCACCCCUCUUGUCUCUCCUCCCCAACCUGCUCCCUCUGUCAAGAUGUCGUCCCAAGCCCCUCACCCCACCUUGUUGAUCCCAGGGCCCAUCGAAUUCGAUGAUGCUGUCCUCCAGUCCAUGUCCCACUAUGCUGAGAGCCACGUCGCCCCUGGCUUUGUCAAGACAUUCGGCGAGACAUUAGCUUUGGUGCGCAAGCUCUUCCAGUCCACCAGCCCGACAGCCCAGCCCUUCGUCAUUUCCGGUAGUGGCACCCUGGGCUGGGACAUCGUUGCCUCCAGCUUGAUCGAGAAGGGCGAGAAUGCCCUCGUCCUGCACACCGGCUACUUCGCCGACUCCUUCGCAGCAUGCUUGCAAACAUACGGUGCGAACGCAACACAGCUCAAGGCUCCCAUCGGCGAACGCCCAUCCUUCGAAGAGAUCGAACAGGCCCUAAAAGAAAAGCCCUACAAGAUCAUCACCAUCACCCACGUUGACACCUCAACCGGUGUGCUCAGCGACAUCAAGACCAUCGCCGGGAUUGUGCGCCGCGUCAGCCCUGAAACCCUGGUUGUGGUCGACGGCGUAUGCAGUGUUGGCUGCGAGGAAAUCGCCUUUGACGAAUGGGACCUCGACGUCGUCCUGACGGCCAGCCAGAAGGCCAUCGGUUGCCCCCCAGGCCUUAGUAUCUUGUUAGCCUCGGGCCGCGCCAUUGACCGCUUCAAGACCCGCCAGUCUCCCCCCGCUUCGUACUACGCCUCCAUCGGCAACUGGCUCCCCAUCAUGCAGAACUACGAGAACUUCAAACCUUCCUACUUCGCGACCCCGCCCACUCAGCUGGUCCACGCCCUGCACACCACCUUGUCCCAGAUCACCUCCCGGCCCAUGGCAGAGCGCUUCGCCGUUCACGCUCGGGCCUCGGACCGUGUCAAGGCUGCCGUCGCUGAGCUCGGCCUGAAGCAGCUGGCCGCGAAGCCUGAGAACCAGGCUCACGCCAUGACGGCCAUCUGGCUGCCCGAGGGUCUGGCCCCGCCGGACGUGCUGCCGGGACUGUUGAAGCGCGGAGUCAUCUUUGCAGCGGGUCUGCACAAGGAGGCUGCGACCAAGUACAUCCGAUUCGGACAUAUGGGCGUGAGUGUUACUGAUCCGGCUCGCAAGGACAUUGACAACGCCAUUGCCGCACUGAAGGAAGCAGUGACGGAAGCCAAGCAGGCUAAGGGACUGUAGAGAAGAACACUCCCGGCUUGCACAUGAACCAAUAAUUAGAAAUGAAAAAUAAAGAUUAAUAUAUACCAUCAACGAGCACUUUGGCCUAAAUUCAUUUACUCUGCUAUUAGAAUCUCAAUCGGAUAACGUACUGUAUAUCGAGGAGAAAUUAGGGUAGUGACUAAGUAAACAACAAGACUAUGCCAACUUGGAAGGCGGGGUUCUAUGUAGUAUGUACAUUCUCAAUCAGGGUGUCCGUUGAUAAUCGGAUUAUAGAUGUCAUCGGACCCGAUUAUAUGAAAUGAGGAGCGGCUAAUAUUUCAAGAAAAAGGAAGCACUCAUGGAAGAUACUAUUUAUAGAGAUGAUCCUAACUCAUAACAUCCGUCCAAAUCGGAAAGAAGGGGGGAAAAAAAGGCACAAGAAGCAAUGGAACAGGGAAGAGAAGAAUAGGAGGAAAAUUACAAGAACAUAAUAUAGGUGGCCAUGAGGUAUAAUAAGAAAAACGAAGAAGCUGUGGGGGUAUGAAGUAAUGCUACUGGCCUUUUUAGCCAGCCUUUUUUUACAGUCACAUGACAAGGGCUAUGAAUGAAUGCAUUAUAAGACUUCCAUCCGCUUUUAUACGCUUUCUCCUUCAUAGGUUUCUUUUCCUUUUGCUUUUUUUUUUUUCUUUUCUUUUU